CGCGGGGCUGGCAUCCGCGGUAGCCUGCACUGUGCACGGGCGCCCGUCUUGGCCGCAGCUCGAGGUGCCACCACUCGGGUGUCGGCCCCUGUCAGGCUAUGGCCGCGGCCUCCUCCCCGCCCAGGACGGAGAGGAAGCGCGGGGGCUGGGGCCGUCUGCUGGGCUCCCGGCGGGGCAGCGCCAGCUUGGCCAAGAAGUGCCCCUUCUCGCUGGAGCUGGCUGAGGGUGGCCCAGCGGGCGGCACACUUUACGCGCCUGUCGCGCCUCCAGGCGCCCUGAGUCCCGGGUCUCCCGCGCCCCCAGCGUCCCCCGCCGCGCCCCCUGCCGGGCUGGAGCUCGGCCCGCGGCCGCCGGUAAGCCUUGACCCGCGCGUCUCCAUCUACAGCGCGCGCCGGCCGCUGCUCGCGCGCACCCACAUCCAGGGCCGCGUCUACAACUUCCUCGAGCGCCCCACCGGCUGGAAGUGCUUCGUUUACCACUUUGCCGUUUUCCUCAUUGUCCUGGCCUGCCUCAUCUUCAGCGUGCUGUCCACCAUUGAGCAGUAUGCCGCUCUGGCCACCGGGACCCUCUUCUGGAUGGAGAUUGUCCUGGUGGUGUUCUUUGGGACAGAGUACGUGGUCCGCCUCUGGUCUGCAGGCUGCCGCAGCAAGUAUGUGGGCAUCUGGGGCCGACUGCGUUUUGCCCGGAAGCCCAUUUCCAUCAUCGACCUCAUCGUGGUUGUGGCCUCCAUGGUUGUCCUCUGUGUGGGCUCAAAGGGGCAAGUGUUUGCCACAUCAGCCAUCAGGGGCAUCCGCUUCCUCCAGAUCUUGCGGAUGCUACAUGUGGACCGGCAGGGAGGUACCUGGAGGCUUCUGGGCUCUGUGGUCUUCAUCCAUCGCCAGGAGCUGAUCACCACUUUGUAUAUCGGCUUCCUGGGACUCAUCUUCUCCUCCUACUUCGUGUACCUGGCUGAGAAGGAUGCUGUGAAUGAAUCAGGCCGUGUGGAGUUCGGAAGCUAUGCAGAUGCACUGUGGUGGGGGGUGGUCACAGUCACCACCAUCGGUUACGGCGACAAGGUCCCCCAGACCUGGGUUGGGAAGACGAUUGCCUCCUGCUUCUCUGUCUUUGCCAUCUCCUUCUUCGCGCUCCCAGCGGGGAUCCUUGGCUCUGGGUUUGCCCUGAAAGUCCAGCAGAAGCAGAGGCAGAAGCACUUCAACCGACAGAUCCCAGCCGCUGCGUCACUCAUCCAGACUGCAUGGAGAUGCUAUGCUGCUGAGAACCCUGACUCUUCUACCUGGAAGAUCUAUGUGCGGAAGCCUGCCCGAAGCCACACGCUGCUCUCUCCUAGCCCCAAACCAAAGAAGUCUGCUAUGGUAAGGAAAAAGAAGUUCAAACCGGAUAAGGAUAAUGGAGUGAGCCCUGGAGAGAAGAUGCUCACAGUCCCCCACAUCACAUGUGAUCCUCCAGAAGAGCGGAGGCCAGACCACUUCUCUGUUGAUGGCUAUGACAGCUCUGUGAGGAAGAGCCCCACACUGCUGGAAGUAAGCCCAACCCACUUCAUGAGAACCAACAGCUUUGCCGAGGAUCUGGACUUGGAAGGGGAGACACUGUUGACCCCCAUCACCCACGUGUCACAGCUGCGAGAGCACCACCGGGCCACCAUCAAGGUCAUCAGGCGCAUGCAGUACUUUGUGGCCAAGAAGAAAUUUCAGCAAGCGCGGAAGCCUUAUGACGUGCGGGAUGUCAUCGAGCAGUACUCUCAGGGCCACCUCAACCUCAUGGUGCGAAUCAAAGAGCUACAGCGAAGGUUGGACCAGUCUAUCGGGAAGCCCUCUCUAUUCAUCCCCAUCUCAGAAAAGAGCAAGGACCGUGGCAGCAACACCAUCGGUGCCCGCCUGAACCGGGUAGAAGACAAGGCAAAGCUUUAUGUUCCCAUCCAAACCGCUGGACUCAAGAACCUCCUCAAAUCUCAGACCUGCUCCCAGCUGCCCUCCCUGCAUCAUUGUCAAGUGAGAGGCUUGAACCGUUGAUGUGCUCAUGUUUAAAAAUCCACAAGCUGCUUCCUACUCUCUCAGCUUUCAACUUACCUUCUUUAUUUGCCCAAAUAAAUUACUUCUCGCAGAUGAGAUAAUUAAAACCAGAGAAGUUUCUUGGUCACCUGAGUGCACACAGCUAGUGAGGCCAGCAGCUGGACUCCAAAACCGUAGAAGAGGGUAGGAGAGCUGAGGUGGAGAGGAAUGACAGGAAUAAGAAAGUGUUUCAUAGACAUAAGGGCUCCUUUGAGAAGAGGCUGGGGUCAACACUGAGGGUCAAGGCUAGGAGAGUGUAGGCAGCAAGGUCCAGGGGCCGUGGUGUUCAGGGGAAGGGGCUUUGGGACAGGCGCAGGUUGCCUGUCAUCCUGCAGCAGGAUUUCUAAAAGCACUUACACAUCCCCCCUACAGGGCCUCCACUGGCUCUCUAAGGAGCCCACUAAGGAAGCCAUGCCCACCUUCCUCUCAACCUGUAUUCUCAGAUUUUCCCAGGCCUGCCAUGGUGUUUACGUUGGGCUAUGUUUAUUUUGCAGUCUAAGUUCAGGCUGCUGUGCUGAUAUGAGCAGCACAGAAGGCUGGGAGGUUUUCUUUCUUUUGUUGGCUUUUUUUUUUUUGCGGGAAAUGAGCAGAACAUGGGAGCGCUGGAUUUCCCGGCCCCGGUUCAGAGAGCAUUUAUCGAAGAGCCACUCCCCACACCCAUCCUCUACACCUAACCUUGGACUUUCCCGUCAGAAGCUGUCCACUGAGCCAUGCACCCUAUGUGAAGUCUGCCCUACACACUGCCGCUCUGCCACUCACCCUAGAUACAGGCUCUGCACAUCAGGUCUACAAACCAGACUGCAGGCCUUACCUACCCAGGCAGCUCUGCUGGGGUCCCCCCAAAACUGCCUCAGGGCCACUCAUCCUUGCUUUUCCAGCCCUACGUCCUGCUGAUUCAAAGCUUUUAUCUUUUCUCGCUUGGAUUGUUCAUCACUGCAGACUCCAGGCCCUCACAUUGUGUAUUAUUUCUUAAACACUGCUGAAGUCCAUUUGUUGGUGUUUUGCUCAGAACUUUUACAUCAAUACAUCUGUGUAAAAUUCAUGCGUAACACAGCUUCCUUCUCUUGCUCUGUCUUCAUCCUUCAUGUGAACCUCACACAUGAAGAAGCAUUUCUUCUUUUAGUACAUAUUGGGAUAUUUUGUGUAAGAUUAGAAUUUUUUUUCACUUGAAUGUUCUGUGGAGUUUAGAGACAAAGCCAUCUAGGUCUGCUCCUCUCUUUGUAAGGAGAUUCUU